CAUUUACAGCGAUUGGCCAAACUUUAUCUAUAACAUUAAAAUUGAAAACUCAUUAAAAGUACUUUAUCAUUGAAUCAAAGCUGACAAUCUCUAAUUAGUUGUAUUGAAUUUUCAUUGGGCUUAAACGGGCUUGAGCCCAUUUUUACUGAAAAGCUCAAGCUAAUAAAUGGUCGUACCCAAGUUUCACAUAAACCAAUGGAUAUCCAUUUAUUUUUUCAUGUGGAAUUAAACAAGUUGCAGCUAAUAAGUUGGGAAGUCUUUAUUACCGAGUGAAACAAAGGUUGAGGUUUCUUUUAAAAAAAAAAAGGAAAGGAAAAGCUCAAUUUUGGUCAUCAAACUUUACAGUUUUGUUCGAUUUUAUCCUACACGUAUUUUUCAGCAAGAAUAUGUCCUCAACUUUAUCGUAUAGGAUUAGUUUUAGUCCUUCCAUUUCCAUCCAAAAUUCUCAGUUGUACGAUGUUAGAACCAUAUUGCGUACUUUCUCAGUCAACUUAAUUAGCAAAAUUAUGCUCACGAGGGUUUACGAGGGGCAUCAUCAGCAUUUGAAAACAUUAUAGGGGUGAGACUUGAACUAUUAUCGAAAUUCAGGGGCAACACCGACAUGUAAAUUGACUGCACUCACCAUGGAAGGAAGUUUACUCGGGAGAGUCGUUGGGAGUCGUUGGAGAAAUGUCGUCUAAUAACAAUGUCAUUUCAUAGAAACAAACGUGAAACUUUGAAUUGUGCAUAGAUGGAUUCCAGCCUUGUCGGUGAACCCUGUCACCAGAUACUUUCUCCAGCCUUAUGGCUUCGUAGGGAUGAUUCAGAAGAACUGAUUAAUGAUACCAACUUCUCAUUGAGACGAGGUAGAGAGAUGGGAAUCUGUUGGGGUUCUACCGAUUUCCCGACUCCAAGCUCCCGCCCAGCUUUUCAUCACGGGAACGAUCUGAUGCUGAGCAGCACAAUCAGCGCCGCAGCAUCCUCUGCUGUGGUCUCUAAUAACACAUUCUCGGCUGCUCUCUCUGGAAACUCCCAAUCCCAGGCCCAGGGCACUACUGUGACUACCCUAGUAGAUCCGGUCCAUGAGCUGAAGGUAUUUGAGUAUGGGGAGCUCGAGGUCUUGACCAAGAAUUUCGCCCAUCAAAUUUCUGAUUGCUGGGAGGGAGUUUACAGGGGCUGGCUCGAUGGGAAGAAGUCGGAGAUAGCCGUCCAUUUGUUGGGGUUGCCAAGUGGAUCCUCUCAGCUGCCAAGCUUGAUAAUGGUAGCCAAGAUUCAACUGUUUGGCAGCUUAUCCCAUCCCAACCUCAUACCGUUGUUGGGAUACUGCUUGAACCACAGUGAAAUGCUCCUUGUUUACGAGUUUUCAGAAAGCUACACCAGUUUGGAAUAUCACCUGUUCAACAGUCCACUUGACACACGAGACAAGAAAAAAGACGCACUUCCACCACUUUCGUGGGACAAAAGACUUAAAAUAGCAGUCGAAGCAGCUCGAGGCCUAGACUUCUUGCAUUUGAUGGAUGUUGUGUUUCUGAGAUACUUUCAGGCCUCUUCUAUACUUCUUGACAAGUCUUUUGGGGUCAAGAUAGCUGGCUUUAACUUUCUCAUAACUGAUUCGGAAGCUAAUCAAAAAACAGCAAAAGAGAACGUUGCAGAUUUCGAGGAUAUGAAGGCAGCAGAGCAUCAGAGGCAGCAAGACGUGUACGACUUUGGAGUUGUCUUGCUGGAGUUGCUGACAGGUCUACCACUUGGAAGGAGUAGGCAGCAACCACAGUACAGUGUGAGGGUUGAGUGGAUCAAACAGCGCAUAUUGAGUCGAGACGGGAUAUACAUUUUGAUGGACUCACGGUUGAAGGUCUCUCGUGAUGCUGCAUUUCCAGUAGCUCGAGUUGCCCUGUGCUGCCUGGAAUUGAAUCCCCUACAUCGCCCACAUAUUGGACAAGUCUUGCAGACACUAAAUCGGAUUAAAGAGUUGCAAGAAUCCAGCCAAUUCUGCACCAAUUCUUGAUUCAUGUGGCAGGGGACACUAAAUAAAAUAAAUCAAAAAACUGAUCGUUUGAUCUGUUUAGCAAUGGGUUACUGUAAAUAAUCAACUCGUUAUCCAACAUGAUAUCUUCCUUGUGCAUUUUCUGGGA